CCCCGUGACCUGGCAACCAAACAGCAGAACACAGACGCUUUCAUCCGUCAGAUACCAUCAGGGAGGAAAAAAAUACGAAGUCAAAACUUAUCUUGCUGACUUCUUGUGUAAAAUAUAGAUUCGGUUUUGGUAAUAGCUUAAGACAAACAUGUCGAUGCGGACUUUGCCCCUCCUUUUUAUUAACCUCGGCGGGGAGAUGCUGUAUAUACUGGAUCAGCGACUACGAGCACAAAAUAUACCGGCAGACAAAGCCAGGAAAGCUGAUUGGACAGCUGGAGACAGGAAAAGAGUUAUGAAUGAUAUCAUCACUACAAUGUUCAAUAAGACAUUCAUGGAAGAACUGUUCAAACCUCAAGAGCUCUACUCAAAGAAGGCACUAAGGACUGUGUUUGAUCGACUAGCCCAUGCCUCUAUUAUGAGGCUUAACCAGGCUAGCAUGGAUAAGCUCUAUGAUCUCAUGACAAUGGCUUUUAAAUACCAGGUACUGCUAUGCCCAAGGCCUAAAGACAUUUUAUUAGUCUCAUUCAAUCACAUGGACGCAAUCAAAGAUUUUAUCCGGGACUCGCCUAGCAUUUUUAACCAGGUGGAUGAGAUCUUUCGUCAGCUGAUAGAGAUGUACAGCAAUCUCCCUGCUGGCGAGUUUCAGCUCAUCAGACAGACACUGCUCAUCUUCUUCCAGGACAUGCACAUCAGAGUGUCCAUUUUUCUGAAAGAUAAAGUACAGAAUUCCAAUGGUCGCUUUGUGUUGCCAACCUCUGGACCCGUUCCAUAUGGAACUCAGAUCCCAGGACUUAUCAGAAUGUUCAGUUACAAUGGUGAUGAAAUGAAAAAAUGUGAGUUCCCGAAUGGUGGAAGCUACACCAGUCCUCUUCAGGAAGGAUCGUUUGACCUGUACGGAGACAGAAUACUAAAACUGGGAACAAACAUGUACAGUGUCAGCCGCCCUGUUGAGACUCACAUGUCAGGGACAUCCAAGAGUUCUGCAUCACACGCCAAGGAGAAUGCUGCCCCAAACCCGCUUGCUAAAGAAGAAUUGAACCUGUUGGCAAGACUUAUGGGGGGUCUAGAAGUGAAGAAGACGACUGGAUCAGAGUCAGGUUUCCGGGUAAACCUUUUCUCAACGGAUGAGGAGGAAGAGGAGGCUGCAAUAUUAAGACCUUCAGAACUUUCUUAUCAAUUCAUCAACAUACAGGCUACACAGGACCAACAAUCAAAUGAAGAGCUUGCUCGAAUCAUGGGGGAGUUUAAAGAAGAAGAUCCGGUCAGCCUGAGCCCCUGCAGCAAAGGAGAUGAUCUUCUUGCCAUGAUGGAUGGACUGUUGUGAAGAAGAGACCGUGCCAUCCAUACACAUUUUAUUGCUUCACUUUGUAAAAUGACAUGCUGCUAGGUUUUUGGGGGGGGGUUUUACGAAAAAGAGAGAAGACCGCCUGUAUGUUAUCAAUUUGAAUGUUUUGUGAUGUGAAUGUCUGGCUUUUAAUGGUGUAAAGCUGUUCUACAGGUGAAUCCCUAUUUGGGAGCCUGUUUGUUAAAAAAAAAAAAAGGGGGGUAUGAAUUUAAUUGUCCCUACAGACAAGCUUGGUUAUCAAGUAAUACUGUUUAUUAUUAUUAUUAUUAUUAUUAUUAUUAUUAUUAUUAUUAUUAUUAUUAUUAUUAUUAUUAUUAUUACCAUCAAACAAAAGGUUAAACUGUUGAAGAAGAAUAUAGACUGAAAUCAAGGGAUUCUAUUUUUGUGUAAAAUUGAAUCUGAUAUUGGGCACUGCAGAUUAACAGGGGAGAGCCUGCAGUUGUUAUAAUUUGUAUUCUUCAAUCAGUGGCAGAGACAAAGACAGACUUGUGCAGUGUAACCCCCAAAUAGUUACAUUUAAACCAGUUUGUGUGUAUAACUGGUACUUUAUUUGGGUGUUCACACUGUUAGUGCCAGUUUUAAACACAGGCGUUAUGUUUUACACUAUUUUGAAACCGUAGUUAGCAGGUAACCGUUGACAAUCUGCACAGUGUCAUGGGGAAUAAAGAUGUUUUUGAUUGCACCUCUGUGCUUGUGGACUUCACUGCUCUCAAAACAAGUGGUACCACAGAUUGCCAUGCAAUAUUAGUUCAUGUAAAGUUUUGUAAAGCUGUCAGUGCAAUAUUUUAAACUCCCCUUGCCUCCAUGUUUCAUAAUGUUGCUGGUGCUGUAAAGUAAAAUGCAGUUAUUUACAAGGGGUGAACGAAUGAGGGAAGCCCACUAAAAGACAAUAUUAAUUGUAUAUUUGAUCAGCUGAUCUGCAAAGAUUAACUGAAUGCUGGCAUACAUGUUAACACUUGUAGCGUUUUGAAUCCCACCGCACUGAUACUACAUGGAUACAAUGGAAAAUGGAUAUAUUCAUUUACAAAAUGUACAGCAGUUUGUGAUUAUGUAGAUUUACUUUUGUAAGAAACUGCAUGUUUUAAUAAAAC